CGCCUUGCGAGCCCAUGGCGGGCUGCAGAAACUGGCGGAAGUGAGCGUUCCAACAUGGCGGCUGAGGCAGACGGACCGCUCAAACGGGCCCUGGUGCCGAUUCUUUUACCUGAGAAAUGCUACGAUCAGCUUUUCGUCCAGUGGGAUUUGCUCCACGUUCCCUGCCUCAAGAUUCUCCUUAGCAAAGGCCUGGGGCUGGGCAUUGUGGCUGGCUCACUUCUGGUAAAGCUGCCUCAGGUAUUUAAAAUCCUGGGAGCCAAGAGCGCAGAAGGGCUGAGUCUUCAGUCAGUAAUGCUGGAGCUAGUGGCAUUGACGGGGACUGUGGUCUACAGCAUCACCAACAACUUCCCCUUCAGCUCUUGGGGCGAAGCCCUGUUCCUGACGCUGCAGACCAUCACCAUCUGCUUCCUGGUCAUGCAUUUCAGAGGAGAAACUGUGAAAGGAGUGGCUUUCCUGGCCUGCUAUGCGCUGGUCCUGAUGGUGCUCCUUUCCCCACUCACACCUUUGGCUGUCGUUACCCUGCUUCAGGCCUCCAAUGUGCCUACCGUGGUGGUGGGGAAGCUGCUCCAGGCAGCCACAAACUACCAAAAUGGACACACAGGCCAGCUCUCAGCCAUCACAGUCUUUUUGCUGUUUGGGGGCUCCUUGACCCGAAUCUUCACUUCCAUUCAGGAAACUGGUGACCCCCUCAUGGCUGGAGUCUUCGUGGUCUCCUCGCUCUGCAAUGGCCUCAUUGCUGCUCAGGUCCUCUACUACUGGAAUGCAAAGCCUCCCCACAGGCAGAAAAAGGAACAAUAAGGUUGAGCAUCGGAUCAAAUCAGCUACUGGAGUCAUUCCUUGAUUCCGUUCAUCCACACAACCAAAGGGUUCACCCCAUGUGAGCCUGCCUGCUGGUGUGACUUUUAAUCAUUCAUUUCUGGGCAACUACAACUUCCUGAGCCAGGCAGGGUUUUAGUGGAAACAGAUAGUAAAGCUCUUCUAAGACCAUUCAUGUAUAUGUACUCAUUCUCAUUUGGUCGAGUUUCCAGUUAUUUCCUUAUUGGGGAAAAUGACCUAUACACACCUCCAUUCUGGCUCUGGAAGACAGAGUUUGGACCAUGGGCUAGAGGGACAGGGGGCUUGUGGCUUCCUCCCUCCCCGUGCUGGCAGUGGGGGGAGGGGGGCAGAAUGACUCAGGCAGGCCCCAGGGUGGGGUGAGGAGUUUCCUGCUCUGGCAGGUCCAGGCGGAAGGGAGUGGAGAUGGCACUGGUUCCUGCUGCUGUGGUGAUGCUGGAUGGGACAAUAAAGACUCCAGACAAGA